GCGUUUAGUCGUAGACUGGUAUAGUGGUUACUGUAGCUCGCUCCGACUGUUCCAGAUCGGGGUUCGAGAGUCGGUAGUCACUAUAAAACCGAUACUUUGACAAAUUUUUAGUGACACGUGGCGAAGAAAGUCUUUUCAUUGUAAAAGACUUUCUGGAUAUUUGGAAUAGGAGGAAAUGGUGUGAGGACACUAAUACACAGCCUGAGGUGACAAGAUUAGCAUAUGUUUAAAAUCCAUAUGUUAACUUCGAAAACAAUGAGAAAACCUUUACAAAGUUUUUCCGGGACUACAUUAACUAUAAACAUGGAAUUAGUUCUUGUUUCUAUUCUGCUAUUUUUUGCAGUGCCAUCGUCAGCUCAAGAGGAUCCAGUUUAUGUAUUGUCUGAUAUUUUGACUUUGGGUGACAAUAUCCGAAAUGUAAGAACUGUUCAAGGCUUUUGUGACAGAAGAGGAACGUACCAAAAUGAAACCGAUACGGCUACAGAAUUUACAAGUUCAACAUCACUUACUGCUAGUGUUGCAGAUAUAUUUCAACAUGGACUUUCUGUGGAUGACUUUUCCAUCAUUCUUAUCUUUAAAAAAAGUCCGGAUGUUGAUACAACACUGUUUUCAAUUUACUCGUCUGAAUUAAGGGAAGUGAUGAGUUUAGCGGUUGGACAAACAACAACAUUUUAUUUCAAUGGAGGCGACUCUGACGAGCGACCACAUUAUUCCUAUGAUUUGGGCAUUGACACAAGUUCAGGCUGGACGAGGUUAGGACUGGGUAUCAAGAAAAACAGAAUGACUGUUAACUACAACUGUGUUCAACAAGAGGAAGUCACACUAAAGAACCGACCUCAAGUAUUUCCACAGAAUGCCGAGAUUUUCUUAGGGUCAAAUUUUAAUGAUGAAACAUUAUUUCAGGGUUUAUUCCAAGAAUUUAUCAUCCUCCCUGAUGCAAGGGUUGCAAAAUCGAUCUGUGAAAGCUUUGCCCCAGAUUGUGGUGUACAAGUGAAUGCUGAAGUCAGCCGUGCCAAGUCCGAUUCCAGUAUCAUGUACCCAGAUGGUAUGGUCAUUGACAAGUCAGGUGCAGCUGUCAAACUUCCAAUGAUUCCAGAGGGAGAAGUCGAAUACAUACCUAUUGACAAAUCUGGAGGGGAUCCCCAGCUUCUCACCGACCAAGACGGACAAGUGCUUCUGGAGUUCGAUAAAUCUACUGGUAUCUCCUAUGCCUACAGAUAUGGACCACCAGGACCUCCAGGCCCCCGGGGACCCACUGGACCGGCAGGACCCCCAGGAGAAAGGGGAUUUUCUGGACGUGAUGGAAUCCCAGGAGCUACUGGAGUCCAGGGAUCACCUGGUCAUGUCUUCAUCCUCCCACUCCCAACUGAGGGUAAAAACUCUAAUCAGGCUGCUGCAUUCAGGACAAUGCUGGAACAGCACAUGAUGGCAAUGUCAGGAGCCCGAGGCCCCCUUGGUAUGACUGGUCUCCCUGGUGCAGUCGGCCCACCGGGAGUUGAUGGUUCUAAGGGAGACUCUGGUAACCCAGGAGAACAGGGACUGACUGGACCAAGAGGUUUGAAUGGCCAAAGGGGAAAGCCAGGAAAGAAGGGACGUGAAGGUGCUGAGGGAGAGCGUGGCAGUAUGGGACCUCCUGGAGAUAAGGGAGACCUUGGAUUUCCAGGAAUGAUUGGUAUGCCCGGAAACAAGGGAGAGAGGGGAUCUGCUGGAGCACCUGGUCAGUCUGGACCUACAGGACCUGAGGGCAAGCAGGGAGACCCAGGUGAGGUUGGACCUAUUGGAGCCCCAGGAGAGAUGGGACCACGUGGAUUCCUUGGACCUAGAGGCAGGCCAGGAAGCAUUGGACCACCCGGAAUUCCAGGAACUGAGGGACCACCAGGACCCAAAGGAAACCAGGGAGGAAAUGGCGCCCCAGGAGCCCCCGGACAAUCUGGUGCACCAGGACCAACUGGACCACCAGGACCCCCUGGUGCUAUUGGCCCCCAGGGAAUUCCAGGUCCACAGGGAAAGGCAGGUCUACCAGGCAUGCCAGGACCCAUUGGAACACCAGGUGUUCCAGGACAUCCAGGAGAUGUGGGAGGAAAAGGAGACACUGGUCCACAAGGUAUGCAAGGUAUUGUGGGCUACCCAGGAGUCCGAGGACUGAAGGGUGAUAUGGGACCAACAGGAGCUGUAGGAGAGAAAGGAGUGAAGGGAUUCCAUGGACUGCAGGGAAUUAAAGGAAGCGUUGGUAAUAAGGGAGAUCGUGGGUACAAAGGACUGAUGGGACCCAUGGGCAUUGAGGGCAUCCCAGGUCCUAAGGGUAAUUCUGGAGUUAUUGGAAACACUGGCCCACAAGGAACAGCAGGGGAGAAGGGCCAGAUUGGUAUGCCCGGUAUGCCAGGAUUUCCUGGACCACAAGGUCCUAAGGGUGAACCUGGCAGGCCAGGACGCCGUGGACGAAGAGGAGUUAGAGGCAAAGUGGGAUUACAUGGACAAUCUGGUGACCGUGGAGAGAGAGGAAUGAGAGGACCACCUGGUGAGAGAGGAAAGGAGGGAACAAUUGGGCCUAUUGGACCCAAGGGAGAGAGUGGUCCACCAGGGCCACCAGGUUUCCAGGGAGAGCAGGGACUUCAGGGAGCUCCAGGAGGAGUGGGAUUGAUGGGCCCCAUGGGACCUCCAGGUCUACCAGGAAAGGAUGGCCUCUCAGGAUUACCAGGAGAGCGAGGAGAGACUGGACUGCCAGGAAUUCCAGGCCAGCCAGGGCAGAUGGGAGUUAUGGGACCAAUGGGCCACUCUGGAGAGGCAGGUGCACAAGGAGAUACUGGACAACCAGGAAACCCAGGUGUACCAGGAGAUGUUGGUUUGCCUGGACCAGCUGGAGAAAGGGGCAUUCCAGGACUUCCUGGCCCAGCCGGCAAUGAUGGUGUGAUGGGACCACCAGGACCCAUCGGAUUUAAUGGAGAGAGAGGAUUCCCAGGCCCUCAGGGUAAAGAUGGCCUUAGAGGGGAGCCUGGAAUGGACGGACAGCCAGGACCACUGGGUAUGAAGGGAGAUGUUGGCGAGCCUGGUAAUUCUGGAGCACAGGGUGUUUCAGGCCCCCCAGGACCCACUGGUCCAGAAGGCUUUAGAGGACAGAAAGGAGACACAGGUCUGGAGGGACCAAGUGGGCUUCCAGGCAACAUGGGACAACAGGGACCAAGGGGUUAUGAUGGCCCACCAGGACCAGUUGGAGCUCCCGGAGAGGACGGAGAUCAGGGUGAUUCCGGACCACCAGGGCCUAAAGGAUCUAAGGGAGAAUAUGGAGCAAUGGGACCACCUGGACCGUCUGGACUUAUGGGAACCCAGGGACCAACUGGACCACCAGGUCCUCCAGGUGAGCCAGGCAUUCAAGGAAUCCAGGGACCAAGCGGCAAUAAGGGAUCUGAGGGUCCACGUGGCCUGCCAGGAGCCACUGGGCCUAUUGGUUUGCAGGGACUUCCAGGAGUCAUAGGCGUUAAGGGCGAGACAGGAGACCGUGGAGCAUCUGGAGGACCUGGAGCUCCAGGACCCCAGGGACCACCAGGGCCACCAGGCUCAACUGGUUUACCAGGAAACACAGGACCUCCUGGACCAGAGGGCAGACAGGGACUGAAGGGAGAAAUGGGAGCAACUGGUGAACCAGGAAACCCAGGUCAGGACGGCACUGUGGGGCCACCAGGACCCCAAGGACCAAAGGGAUUAGAUGGGCGACCAGGUCUUCAGGGACCACCAGGACCCAGGGGUCCUGCUGGACUCAUUGGCCCCAAAGGACAUAACGGUAUGCCAGGAGAGGAAGGUCUGCCAGGCCCUACAGGAGAGGCUGGACUUAAGGGUGAGCCAGGACAGGACGGUCCAGAGGGCCAGCGAGGACCAACUGGACCAGUGGGUCUCCCAGGAGUACAAGGAGAAGCUGGACUUCCAGGAAGAGGAGGAAAGACGGGAGAGCAAGGAAACCCUGGUCCUCAAGGAGUACAAGGAGAAUUGGGUUCCAAGGGAAAUCGUGGUUUGCCUGGUACAACUGGCCCUCGUGGACCAUCAGGACCAACAGGUUCACCAGGACCAUCUGGUGUACAGGGACCACGAGGAUCUCCUGGACCAGUGGGAGAGGCCGGAGCCAUGGGACCCCCAGGAAUGCCUGGAGAGCUUGGACUUCUGGGACCCCCUGGACCUGCAGGAACUAAAGGGGAACAGGGUGAACGUGGAAUCAAGGGCCACCCAGGCAGAGUAGGACCACCUGGUGUUGUUGGAGACCCCGGACCUAAGGGAGAGCCUGGUCCAGUCGGACCCCCAGGACCCAAAGGAGACAGAGGAGAAAGGGGUUACCAAGGUGAGGCUGGAUACCAGGGACCAGAUGGAGCUCCAGGCCUUCCAGGACAAGUUGGACCUUCAGGACCAAAAGGAGAACCAGGUUUCCCUGGAUCCAAAGGAGAGGCUGGACACAGAGGACCCCCAGGUCCAGCAGGUGCACCAGGAGAGGCACAAGCUUUCCCAUCAGAACUUCUUGGAGCUCCAAUGACGAAAGCUGGUGCUGGUUUCCGAAAGAGGAGGGCAGCAGGAGCCCCAGGUUUCAAUGAUCAAUUCAGUGAAAUGUUGGCAGAUAUGUCCAAGAAUGAGUAUGAAUUAAAGGAAGGAGUGACCAUUGUUGUGGAGCAGAUGUUUACACAUGUUGAUCAGAUCAAGGAAGAGUUGGACCGUUUGGUCUAUCCAACUGGCAAACAAGGAAAUCCAGCCUCGACCUGCAGAGAUAUCCUUCUCGGACAUCCAGACACACAAGAUGGCUGGUAUUACAUUGACCCUAACCAAGGCGCUCCAGAUGAUGCUCUCUCUGUUUUCUGUAAUAUGACCGCUGGUGGAGAAUCUUGCUUCUACCCGACAGAAACUACCAAUACGAGUGAUGUUAAAUUUUGGAAGAAAGCCAAGAAGGGAAAUCAGUUAUUCAGUGAAAUGAAGAAUGGCUAUGAGUUUGAGUACACGAUUGGACAUCAACAGAAGAUGUUAGGUCUGUACAGUUCUACAGCUCAUCAGACCUUUACAUACCUCUGUCAGAACUCUGUGGGCUGGUACAGCGAAGAGAACACUAAUUACAACAAUGCUGUUGUCUUUAUGGGAAGUGACAAUAAACGCAUUAACACUGAGAAUCUUGCUCCAGAGAAUGUCCAAGAUGGCUGCAGGAACAAGCCUGCAAGCGGCAGCACAGUGUUUGUUGUUGACACAAAGGUAGUAGAGGACUUACCAAUAGUAGACUUUACUCCAAAGGACUAUGGGGAUGCAGGGCAAGGCUUCGGUUACAAGAUUGGGCCAGUAUGCUUCCGACAUAUAUAAGGACACAACAUGCUGGGAAAUCAUAACAUUUCCAUUAAAACUAUUUCAAUAGUCUUUCUGAUGAACUUUAACAAUGACAAUUACUUCCUUAGUCUUUCUGAUAAACAAUGACAUUACAGUUAAGAGCUUUUAAAACUUUGGACUUUAUGACAUGAACUUUUUGAGAAAAAAAAAUAUAUAUACUACAGCAGGAAAAAUAAGUGUAUGUCAUAUGACAUCAUUUUAACUAGGCCAUAUCUCAUAAUGACCUUCAUCAAGGUCAAUCGUCCCAUUUUAUACAUAAUACAUGUUCUUUCUUAGAAUUUCACUUUUCAUAUUAUAUAUCUCUUAAUAGUUGAUUUCCAUACAAUGUAUUAGAUUAAUAAAUAAUAUUUAGACUUUUAUACAUUUUUAAUAAAGAGAUUUCAUUUUUGCUCAAAGAUACACUGUAAUCUUUUAUCAAUCAUGACAUAAUCUGUCUGUACAGUCAGCCAUCGUAGGGUCUGACCAAUUCUGCUUCUACACCCAUCAAAACCUUACAUGCUGACAAGUGUUUGACACCUGGAUGCAAAGUCACAAAUAAUGGGGAUCCCCUGUCUUUCAUACCCUUAAAUGUAUCGUCACCUUUUCCGUGUUACAAGCUUUCGGAUACCAACGCAGCAGUAACACUGGUAAGAAAGAGUUGUUCAGAGCUUAUGGCGUAUUGCAUAUCUACCAUUGAAUGUUAAAAUUAUAAAUGUGAAAAAAACACCUGUUGUAAAGCUUGCAUUCAACAUGUUGUGACAUGGCCAGGAGGUAGAUUGAUACAUAUAGUCAACAUCAUCAUCACAGAAGAGAUAGAAGUAUCGUUAAUACGAAGCAGAAAUAGACUUGAUCUGACGAUGGCUGACUACUUGUGAGGUGUUGAAUACCCACAGUAAGACAAGCUUUGCCAGCACUGUCUGUGAUCUAUCUUCAACUUAAGUAUCGUUCCCGAUACAUGUGAAUACCGAAGGAGUGUAUCUGCCCCGUGUUAUGUCAGUGACAAAUGUGUCCGUCCUUAUUCAUUAUCUCACUGCAUCACUAGUUCUCUCACUACCAAACAGAUGUACCUAGACUUUCUGCUAAAUAAAACAAUUUCUUAAAAUA